GUGUUCUGGCGCUCUGGGCCCUAACCACGCAUGUGAUGUAUGUGCAGGAUUACUGGAGGACCUGGUUAAAAGGGCUGAGGUUCUUCCUCUUCAUCGGGAUCCUCUUCUCAGCUCUCUCGGCGGUGGGAUUCUGCGCCUUCCUCGUUCUGGCCAUCACCAAGCACCAGUCCCUGACUGACCCCAGGAGCUACUACCUGUCGUGCGUCUGGAGCUUCAUGUCCCUGAAAUGGGCUUUCCUGCUCAGCCUGUACGCGUACCGGUACCGGAACGAGUUUGCAGACAUCAGCAUCCUCAGUGACUUCUAA